AACAAUCACAAAAAAACUGCCGCCCGCCGCCGAGACUCAACACUGUUCAAUUUCAUCGCAUUUUCUGCAUCAAAAUUCAAUGGAUUAAUUUGUUUUAACGUAAUGUUUAAUUGCUUUUCAUCAUGGAAUGGGAAAACUACGUAAUCCAACAAUGCCCGGCUAGUGCUUUCUACAUUCCGGACUUCAUCACCGCACAAGAGGAAACGUUCCUUCUGUCUCAGGUGGCCAAAACGCCCAAACCCCGAUGGACUCAAUUGUCCCACAGACGCCUCAUCAACUACGGAGGGGUUCCACAUCCUCGGGGAAUGAUUGCCGAAGCGAUGCCACCGUGGUUGCAAAACUACGUGGACAAAAUCAAUCAAUUGACCGGGGUAUUCGGGGACGACAAGAAGGCCAAUCAUGUCCUUGUGAACGAAUACCUCGCCGGACAGGGAAUCAUGCCCCAUUCUGAUGGGCCUCUGUUUCAUCCUACAAUCACAACCAUUUCCUGUGGAUCACACGCCGUUCUAGAGUUCUACGAGCCACAGGAAACCGAGGACGGAACAACAACGACGAUGCAAAGGGUUCCGGUGACCAAAUUGCUAAUUGAGCCCCGGAGUUUGCUGAUCCUCAAGGACGACAUGUACCACAAAUAUCUACACUAUAUCGCCGAAAUCCGACAGGACGUGAUAGAUGAGAAUGUUUCAAAUAUCUCUAAAGUAAGUAAGGUUCAACUCAGCGAUGUCCUCGAAAGAACAACUCGCAUUUCUUUCACCAUUCGGCAUGUUCCAAAAACGUCCAAGAUGAAAAUAAAAUUGUUCUAAGGUUCGUUUAUUUAA